GCGUUGGGCGACGGAACGUUGACCCGGGUGGCUGCGAGGUUCGGAGCUCGCGCUCGCUGAGCAGGGGUGGCGGCGGCGGCGGCGGCCGCGGGCGGGCUGGGCCAGCAGCUCCUGCGGGGACCGGCGGCGGCGGCUCUUUAUGCGGCUCCCUUUCUGCAGCCUGGAAUCUUCUACAUGCUUCUCAUACCGUUAUGUAGAAGGAGCUUUCCGAGUUUCAUUUGUAAAGCCGAAGACGACUAUUUCUGAUUCUUUUUCACAUGCAAGUAUGAACAUUAUAACCUAUGAUGAUUACUCCAGUACACCGCUUCAGAGAUAUUGAGAGGAAACCUGAAUACCUCCAGCCAGACAAGUGUGUUCCACCUCCUAGCCAUAGUUCCUUGGGAACAAUGUGGUUUAUUCGAGACGGCUGUGGUAUUGCAUGUGCUGUUGUUACCUGGAUGCUUGUCUUCUAUGCAGACUUUGUAGUCCUUCUUGUUAUGUUAGUUCCAUCAAGAGACUAUAUUUAUAGUGUGAUCAAUGGGAUAUUGUUCAACAUGUUGGCUUUCCUGGCUUUGGCUUCGCAUUUUCGAGCUAUGCUAUCAGAUCCAGGUGCUGUGCCCAAAGGUAAUGCCACAAAAGAAUUCAUUGAGAGUUUACAGCUGAAGCCAGGACAGGUGGUUUAUAAGUGUCCAAAAUGCUGUAGCAUCAAACCAGACAGAGCCCAUCACUGCAGUGUUUGCAAGAGGUGUAUUCGGAAAAUGGAUCAUCACUGUCCGUGGGUUAAUAACUGUGUGGGAGAGAAUAACCAGAAGUACUUUGUACUGUUUACAAUGUAUAUAGCACUAAUUUCCAUGCAUGCCCUAAUCAUGGUGGGAUUUCACUUCCUGUAUUGCUUUGAAGAAGACUGGACAAAAUGCAGCUCCUUCUCUCCACCAACUACAGUGAUCCUUCUUAUCCUCUUGUGUUUUGAGGCUCUCUUGUUUCUUAUUUUCACAUCUGUAAUGUUUGGGACCCAGGUACACUCCAUCUGCACUGACGAAACGGGUAUCGAGCGCCUUAAGAAUCAGACACCUACUUGGGAAAAAGUCAGCAGCUGGGAAGGGAUGAAACUGGCUUUUGGUGGUAAUUUCUCCCUGAGCUGGUUCAAUCCUUUUUCAGGCCUGAAUUGCAAAAAGUCUCCACCAUCUGAGGUGGCAGCAGUCACUCCACCUGAAAUAGUGACCGAAGAGGCUCUUGAGCAAUUCCUGGAACAAGAGGUUGUUGUCCAAGUGUUAAAUGAAUAAGCAAAAUGCUCUCCAAAAUGUCAACAAAGGCUCUCCAUUUUUAUGAAAUGUUCGCACUCCAGAUUUAGCUUUAAGGGACCAUGCUGCAGAAAACAUCUGGACAUAUUUGUCCAGAAGUCAGGUGCAGUACUACUAGAAGUAAUGCAAAUCUCUAGUGACUGCCCAACCAAUGAUGUAAAACGUAUAAGCUCCAUUUCCACCAUUGGAAAGGUUUUAUUAAGCAAAGAGCAACUUCCCAGCUUUGCACAGUUCCUAAUUGUUUGUUCAAGGAGUGACUCCUUUUUUGGCUCACUAGGUGCUGAUGCAGCCUUUAACCCAGGAAGUUCCCAGUUCAGAUUUCAGCUGUCUUAAAGUUCAGGGCAGAUACCACAGAUGGGCAAAUUCAUCCUGAUGUUGUGCUGGGGAUAAAUUUAGUCCAGAGUAACUCCAGCUACUGUCUGAGAUUCUUCUAUUUGAGGGCUUGAUCCAAUGCCCAUUCAAGUCAACGGGAGCCAUUCCACUGACUUCUAUGGGCUUUGAAACAGGCCCUAAGUGUGAUGGUGACUGACUCACUGGCAGAUAUAAGAGGUGAAUCUGGUAUAUUGCUACUGUUCGGUAAACACAACAAGAUGACUACGUGAAUCUUGGCAGCACAGUAAAUCUGCCAGAUCAAAUCUUUAUCAGUGUCAUGAAAUUCUGUUUGCUGUUAAUAGCAGGAUUGUUUUUCAGAAGAAAGACUGCUUAGUUACAGUAGCUUCCAUUAAAGAGUGUAUCUGACAUGCUGUAAUAUUUCCUUAAAUGUCAAUAUCUUAAAAUAUUCAGCUGUCAAUUCUUGGUUAGAAGUUGACUUUUUAAAGGUGACCACUAUUGAAUAUUUUAGAUAGUUACACAUUUAUAAUUAGUAAAUGUUUACAUGAGAAUACAUGCUAGAUAUAAAAGUUUUAUUACCAUGGGUUGGAAAGUUUACACAGCUCAUAAGUGGCAAAGUCCUAAAUGAGUUAUAUGAGUCAUCCUAAAAGGAGGCCAAUAAAAUCUUUUAUAUCAAACGACAUUGUCCUACACAGAUUCUAUAUUGCAAAUGAAUAUGAAUGAAGAAAAGUUUAUUUUAGGAAUAUUUUAGCCUUUUUUAAAUAGUCUUUUUCUUGUAAAAACAAAUACCUUAGCUACCAUCAAUUUAAUUCUGUAGAACCCAAGGAAGCCACAGUUUGGCCCUGCCACUGGCCUGUCAGGUGACCUUGGGCAAGUUGCUUCUCUGCUCAGUGCCUCAGUUUCUCUGUCUAACACAGGGAUAAUGAAACAUACCUCCCCUCUGAAGUGCAUAGAACUCUAUGAAUGAAAGGCAUUAUGAUGUAAGAGGUAGGUGAUGUUAUUUAUUAAAGAGGUACCAGGUGGAACCUGUACCAACCAGCCUCAUUUGAAAAAUGUUCAGAAUUUAAAAUAAAACAAAACCCGACGGCCUUAGUGUGUAAUGACUUGACACACAGGAGUAUUGAAAAGAGACUGUCUUUGUUCCAGUCCUCUGCCAUGGGUGAGAGUCACAAUAAAUAAAUCCCCUUAUGAUCUGAUGUGGGUUAAUAUGCACUGACUCUGGCAGCAGCUACAAGCAGUUUGUUGAAAAACAGGAAAACUUUUUGAGCAAAUAUUUCAGAAAAAUUGCUCCCCCCCCCUUUUUUUUAAAUUGAGAAAAUCUGAAAUUUUUCUAGGUGCUCUAGUCAACAGGAAUUAAGAAUCAGGUUUGUUCCUAUAGCUACAGUUUAGUUUUAAAAGAAAACCUGCCCUUCUGUAUACUAAACUGUUGUUCUGUCAUCAGAAACAAACAGAACAUCUCUUCUGUAAACUGCUCAGGAUGUAGUUGUAUCUGACUAUAGUAAAGUGAGCAACUGUCACCCUUCUGCACCCAAAGUGCACUUUUAUCUAACUGUUUCAAAGCAAGAGGGCGAAGAGGGACACUUAAGAAACUACAUGGUGGAGUUAAUAUGGGUGGGGGGGAGGGAACAUUUAAGGAGGGAAAAUAAGACUGGACCUUUUAACUCAUGUAUUCUAGUUCUGUCUUGGUGUUUGGCCUGAGGUAAGUCAUUUAACCUCUCAGCCUUAGGCCAUGUCCACACUUACAAGCUUACAGCGGCACAACUGUACUGAUACAGCAGUGCUGCUGUAAGAGCGCUCAUGUAGCUGCUCUAUGCUGACGGAAGAGAGCUCUCCUAUCAACAUAAAAGCUAUGUCGAUGCGUGAGUGUCUCCCGCUGACAUAGCGCUGUUCAUAUCAGCACUUAUGCCGGCCAAAUUUACGUUACUCAGAGGUGUUUUUUUUUUCACACUCCUGAGUGACAAAAGUUUUGCCGACAUAAGUGCUAGCGUAGACAUGGCCUUAGUUGCCCUAGCUGUAAAAAGGCCGGAGCAACACUGGAUUAUGUGAGGACUAAUUGUUUGCAAUGUAAAUUACUUUGAAAUGCUAUAUCAGGGCUAAUGAGGAUUAUUAGAAUGGGAAAUAGUAUCUGUUUUGCUUGGGGAAAAAUAGGAACAACUGGCACAUGUGUUGCAUAUUUGCUGAAAUAAAAUGAUGGCAGGGACUGUACAUUAAUUAUUUGUUAAAAUAUAUUUUUUUGCAUAAGCCUCUGACUGUUCUGAUACAAGCCAUUCAGCUUUUUGAAGUCAGAGUGGGUAUCAUAUAAAAACAGGCUUUCGUAUUAGAUUUCAGCUACUGUUUCUGACCUGCCUGAGAAUACCAGGGGAAAGUAGAAUGUCCCUUGACUUCAGUGGAGCUAGGAUUUCACCAUGUGAGAGAGACUUAUUUGUUUGUUGUGUUCUGAUGGUGCUGCUGCUUCUUGGAGAUGAACACAAUCACAGCUUCUUUGGGAGUGGUGACCAUUUGAAGGGGAUAUAUUCCCCCUCUCCUUUUUUUAUUUUUACCUGUUCCUGCUCAACGUGACUGCAGGACUCAUGUAUUUUACUAGAGCUGUCAAGCAAUUAAAAAAUUAAUCACAAUCAUGCGAUUAAUCGCACAGUUAAUAAUAAAAUACCAUUUAUUUAAAUUUUUUGAUGUUUUCUACAUUUUCAAAUAUAUUUAUUUCAAUUACAACCCAGAACACAAAGUAUACAGUGCUCACUUUAUAUUUACUUUUGAUUACAAAUAUUUGCACUGUAAAAAACAAAAGAAAUAGUAUUUUUCAAUUCACCUAAUACAAGUACUGUAGUGCAAUCUCUUUAUCAUGAAAGUUGAACUUACAAAUGUAGAAUUAUGUACAAAAAAACCCCUGCAUUCAAAAAUAAAACAAUGUAAAAAUUUUAGAGCCUACAAGUCCAAUCAGUUCUACUUCUUCUUCAGCCAAUUGCUAAGACAAACAAGUUUGAUUACAUUUGCAGGAGAUAAUGUUGCCAGCUUGUUAUUUACAAUGUCACCUGAAAGUGAGAACAGACGUUUGCCUGACACUGUUGUAGCCAGUGUUGCAAGAUAUUUGUGCGUCAGAUACGCUAAAGAUUCAUAUGUCCCUUCAUGCUUCAACCAGAAUUCCAGGGGACAUGCAUCAUUGCUGACGACGGGUUCUCCUCGAUAACAAUCCAAAGCAGAGCAGACCGACACGCGUUCAUUUUCAUUAUCUGAGUCAGAUGCCACCAGCAGAAGGUUGACUUCUUUUUUGGUGGUUCGGGUUCUGUAGUUUCUACAUCGGAGUGUUGCUCUUUUAAGACUUCUGAAAGCAAGCUCCACACCUUGUCCCUCUCAGAUUCUGGACCGCACUUCAGAUUCUUAAACCUUGGGUUGAGUGCUGUAGCUAUCUUUAGAAAUCUCACAUUGGUACCUUCUUUGUGUUUUGUGAAAUCUGCAGUGAAAGUGUUCUUAAAACAAACAUGUGCUGGGUCAUCAUCCAAGACUGCUAUUACAUGGAAAUAUAUGGCAGAAUGCAGGUAAAACCGAGCAGGAGACAUACAAUUCUCCCCCAAGGAGUUUAGUCACAAAUUUAAUUCAUGCAUUAUUUUUUAACGAGUGUCAUCAGAAUGUCCUCUGGAACGGUGGCCAAAGCAUGAAGGGGCAUACAAAUGUUUAGCAUAUCUGGCAUGUAAAUACCUUGCAAUGCCAGCCACAAAUGUGCCAUGGGAAUGUCUGUUCUCAUUUUCAGGUGACAUUGUAAAUAAGUGGGCAU